AUAAGAAAAAUGCAUUGUGAUUCUUUUGCACAUUAUGAAUUAUAAACAAUCUUAUCAGAGACAGAUUAUUCAAAGAGAGCAACAAAGAUAAUUUGUACAAUAGGGUAAGAGAAAAUGAGUAAUAUAAAAGACCUGCUUGUUGGGAUGUAGCAACACUGGUAUAAUUGAUAGAUGCAGGAAUGAGUGUUGCUAGAUUAAAUUUUUCACAUGGUGAUCAUAAAGUUCAUGGAGAGACAGUGGCAAAAUUAAGAGAAGCAUUUAAAUAAAGAAAGGAGAAACCAGUAGCAAUAGCAUUAGAUACAAAAGGACCAGAAAUUAGAACAGGAUUAAAUAAGGAACAUAAAUAGAUAGUAUUAAAGAAAGGAUAGAAAUUAGAAAUAAGUAAUAAUAAUAAAUAUACAUAAAUAGCUACUGAUUAUACAUAUGAAGGAACAUCAGAAUGUAUUGCAUGUAGUUACUAAAGUUUAUGUAAGACAGUGCAUGUGGGUUCAUAAAUAUUGAUAGCAGAUGGUAGUGUAGUAACAAUAGUUGAUGAAAUAAAAGAGGUAUAAAAUAUAUUUGGAAUAUUAUUAAAUAGGCCAGUGUAAUAGUAACAGUUUAAAAUGAUGCAUAAUUUGGAGAAAAAAAGAAUAUGUCAUUACCAGGUGCUAUAAUAGAUUUACCAACAGUUACUGAGAAAGAAGAAGAAGAUUUGGUUAAAUUUGGAUUAAAACACAAUAUUGAUAUAGUUUUUUUAUCAUUUACUAGAAAAGCAUAAGAUAUAGAAGAUGUGAAAGAUAUUUUAGGUCCAAGAGGUAGUGGGAUAAAAAUAAUAGCAAAGAUUGAAAAUUAGGAAGGAAUGCAAAAUUAUGAUGAAAUAUUAAAAUCAGCAGAUGGAAUAAUGGUGGCAAGAGGAGAUUUAGGAAUGGAAAUACCACCUUAAAAAGUAUUUUAAGCAUAAAAGUGGAUGAUUAAAAGAGCAUUAGAUGCAGGUAAACCUGUUAUAACAGCAACAUAAAUGAUGGAAUCUAUUAUAACUAAUCCUAGACCAACAAGAGCUGAAGCAUCUGAUGUAGCUAAUGCUGUAUUAGAUGGGACUGAUUGUGUUAUGUUAUCUGGAGAAACUGCUAAUGGAUCAUUUCCUAUUAUUGCUGUAGAAACUAUGGGAAGAGUAUUAUUAUAUACUAAUAUUAUUUAUAGAUUUGUUGUGAAGCUGAAAAAUGUGUUGAUCAUGAAAAAACAUAUUGGAAUAGAAUUUAAGAUAGAUCUUCUUUAGAAGAUUCUGAAGCAUUAGCUGCUUCUGCUGUUUAAAUGAGUUUUGAAACUAAAGCUCAUGUUAUUAUAUGUUUUACACUUACUGGAGAAAUUGCUAGACUUGUUGCCAAAUAUAGACCAAGAGCUCCUAUUAUAGCCAUUAGGUUUCUAUCUCUCAUUCAUUUUUAGUACUGAAGAUAAAACUAUUAAAGGAUUAUCUAUGACUAGUGGAGUUACCUGUCUUAGAGUUCCAAGUUUCUAAGGAGUUGAUACUCUUGUUGAUUAUGCAAUCAAAUCAGCUAAAACUAGAGGAAUCAUUAAAACUGGUGAUAAGGCUAUUGUUUUAUUAGGAGGAAGUGAAGAAAAUCCAGAUGAAUCCAAUAUCCUUAAAGUUAAAAGGAUCAAUUGAUUAUUAUUUAUCAAAAACCAUUACAC